AUGUCAGCCGUAUGGUGGGCCUCACCGGCGGCCCUCAGCCUUCUGGUGCUGGUGUUACAGAACAGCAUCUUGGUCGUCAUGACGCGCUAUUCCCGUGUUAGUGUGCCGCCCGAGAAACGCUACCACGCCUCCACACUUGUACUGAACCAGGAAAUUCUAAAGAUGUUUUUUUGCCUUGUAAUCUUUGUAGUGGAGAACCAUUUUUGUAAUAGGGUUCCCCUUCUUGAUGCCCGGGGAGCUUCGACUGUUACUCCUGGCGUACUAACCCUGCUGCGGCGUGCGAUUUUCCAGGGGGAAACCCUUAAGCUGUCGGUGCCUGCGGCUCUCUUUACGAUGCAGAACUAUCUCAUUUUUUUCGGCCUCUCGAACCUCGAUGCAGUCUCUUUUCAGGUCUGGUCGCAGACCAAGUUGGUGUCGGCAGCCGUCUUCUCUGUAAUACUUCUGAAGCGUCGCCUCAGAGUAAUGCAGUGGGUGUCGUUGUUUCUGCUCACCUUUGGUGUUCUCCUCACCCAGCUACAGGAAACUUCCGCGGAGAAGCGGUUGCCCACGGAGGGGCGGACGCAGCGCCCCCUGCUUGGGGUUGCCUCCUGCGUGCUAUCCGGUCUGUCCUCCAGCUACGCCGGUGUAUACUUUGAGAAGGUCGUCAAAACCACGCCGCCUUCACUAGCAGUGCGGAAUAUACACCUCUCAGUAUUUGGGAUUCCUUUCGCGGUGCUCUCCAUGUUUGUUCUGGAUAUCCUUCCUUCGUGGAAAACGAAAAAGGGACAAGAGUUUUAUUUCUGGCGCGGCUACAAUCAGUGGCUCACCAUCGGCCUUGUCUUUAUUCACGCGUUUGGUGGGCUGCUGGUGGCCAUCGUGGUGAAGUACGCGGACAACAUCGUCAAGGGCUUUGCAACGGGGGUAGCGGUGGCGGUGAGCGGCGUCAUGUCGUUUGUCAUCUGGGGGCUGGUGCCGUCCAAUAUGUUCGUUUGGGGCUGCUGCCUUAUCACUGUCGCAACCGUCAUCUAUCACCGUCAUGAAGAGCGGGUGCCCACCGAAUGA